AUGUCACUAAUUCUUUUAAUGAUUCUAUUAUUUCGUAAAACAUGUCCAUUGAUAUUUCGUGCGUCAAUUAUUCGUAUAACAGCAGCAUCAAUUCAUUCACAACAACAACAACAAAGACAUCAUAAGUCACCAUUUCAUCGUCCAAAAAAUAUCUAUGAUAUUAUUCCAAAAUCAAUACAGCCAUAUGUUCGUUUAAGUCGUAUUGAUAAACCUAUUGGUUCAUGGUUAUUAUUUUUACCAGGUGCAUGGAGUAUUGCAUUUGCUGGUACAACAUUACAUAAUUGUAUGUUAAUGGGUUUAUUUGGUAUUGGAACAAUUUUAAUGAGAGGUGCUGGUUGUACAAUAAAUGAUCUUUGGGAUAGAGAAUUUGAUCAACGUGUUGAAAGAACAAAAUCAAGGCCAAUAGCUAGUGGUGAAAUAACAAUAAAACAAGGAUUAAUAUGGACAGGUAUACAAUUAAUAUUAGGGUUUUUUAUAUUAAUACAAUUAAAUAUGCCAUCAAUUGCUCUUGGAAUAAUUUCAUUAAUACCUGUUGUUACUUAUCCUUUAAUGAAACGAUAUACAUAUUGGCCACAAUUUUUUCUUGGAAUAACAUUUAAUUGGGGUGCACUGAUGGGUUUUACAGCAGCAACAGGAAUCAUAUUUCCAUCUAUUAUAUUACCAUUAUAUUUUGCUGGUAUUGCUUGGACACUUCAUUAUGAUACAAUUUAUGCACAUCAAGAUAAAACAGAUGAUUUACUUGUUGGUGUAAAAUCAACAGCUCUACUUCUUAAAAAUGAUACAAAGUUAUGGUUAAGAGCUUUUUCUAUUGGAAUGAUUUCACAUUUAAUUACAGCUGGUUUAAGCGUUGAUCAAACAUGGCCAUAUUAUUUAGGUUUAAUUGCUGUUGGUUAUCAUCUUCAUCAACAAAUUGAAAAAGUUAAUUUGAAUAAGACUGAAUCUUGUUGGAAUACAUUUGCAUCAAAUCGUAUUACUGGUUUGAUAAUGAAUUUAUUAAAAUCUAUUGUACAACCAUCACGAAUCAAUUUAUUUUCUAUUCCUCAAAGAACUUUAUUUGAUAUUCAAAACGUAUGGGGCCGUACAAGUGUCGAUACACAAAAACCAAUUGAUUCCAGUCCUAUUGCUGAAAUUCCACGACAAGAUGAAUCGAUCGGUUUUUUAUCGGGUGUACCCAGAGAUAUGUUUAAAGAACGACGUUGUCGUAUAUUUGUAUCUGCUCGUAAUGCUAUGCAAUCAGGAACAAAUAAUACAAAGAAAUGGAAAGUUGAAUGGGAUACAAAAGAACGUUGGGAAAAUCCAUUAAUGGGUUGGGCAUCAUCUUCUGAUCCUCAUUCAUCAGUUAUGGUCGAAUUUGCUAGCAAAGAAGAUGCUAUAAUUUAUUGUGAACGUAUGGGUUAUAAAUAUGAAGUUGCUGAAUCAACUCCAACUCCUCAUUUCAAGAAGACAUAUGGCGCAAAUUUUUCAUGGAAUAAAAAAACACGUGUGGCAACCAAAUAG